UAUAUUUUUAUUUAAAAUGAAAAGAUAUCAAAGGAUACUAUGAUUAAAAUAUUUUAAAAAUUAUAUUUAUUAUUAGUCUGAAUUAAAAUAUAGUAUGAAUUUCUAUGAAUAGGUUCAUUAGGUCCAUUUUUUAAAAAAAUCACACAUGAAUCAAGGUUGUGACUUCUGUUUUAAUAUAUAAGAUAGGGGAAUAAUUUGUUUGUGGAAAAUUUGUAUUUUCUCAGAAAGGAAAUUUGUAAACUACAUCCGCAAUUAUACUCAAUUGGGUUUUAAAAUGUUCUUGUUGGGGAAUGUCUUGGGGUCCGAUUGGUAAUAGCUGUAGCUUUAAAUAUUUUACUGUAGAAAAAAAUCUGUAGACUUUUUGCUGUGGCUUUAGAUUUUAUUGCUGUAGAAUUUUAUUGAAGCACUAAAAAAUUGCUUUGGAUAUUUGGCUCUGCAGAGCACUUGUACAGCUGUAGGAUAUUUUAAGAGCUGUGGUUUCAAAAAAAAAUUUAAAGCUUGAUUGCUCUGAAUUUGGUGCUGUGGAAAUAAAUAGGGCUGUGGACAGCACCUACAGCAACUACCAAUCACCCCCUUGGUCGUCUUGGUUUAGCAGAUGAGAGAUGAUGGAUGACUCAUACCUCCAUAAGUCCUCAACCGAAAUGUACUAUAUUUUAUACAUUUCUUAUAUCACUUAGUCAAGAAAAGAAAGUUCCUGGAACAAAUCAAAGCAAAGUAUACUCAUCACCAUCCCGGUAUAAAGGUCGACCCCUUUCCCAGAAGCAUUUUCAUUCAAUUCGAUCGUUGACGUUAGAUUACUUGGAGCAUAUUUCGCUAAACCAUCCAAGAGAGUUGAUUAAAAUGGAUGCUAGUCAGAUCUUUCAAGGCGAGCCUGACAACUACGAUGGCGUUACCGUAACCAUCACGGAACCAAUGGAUGCUAGUAAGAUCUUUCAAGGCGAGCCUGACAACUACGAUGGCGUUACCGUAACCAUCGCGGAACCAAUGGAUGCUGCUGUUUUCACUGAAAAGCUUAGGGCUUCGCUUUCGCAUUGGAGACAAGAGGGGAAGAAGGGGAUUUGGAUCAAUCUACCUAUUCGAUUUGCUAAUCUUGUAGAGGCUGCAGUUAGUGAAGGAUUUAGAUACCACCACGCGGAGCCUGAUUACUUGAUGCUUGUAUCUUGGAUCCCAAACACACGUGAUACAAUCCCAGCCAAUGCUUCUCACGUUGUAGGUGUUGGUGCUUUGGUCCUCAACAAAAACACUGGAGAGGUCCUCGUUGUCCAGGAAAAGAGUGGCUAUUUCAGAAAUAAAAAUGUGUGGAAGCUCCCUACCGGUGUUGUCAACGAGGUGAUUUACAUUUCUUUUACUCCCGAUGAACAAUUGAACAGUAAUGAGUGAACCCAAUUUAAUGUUACACCACAAAACGUUAUUUUGACGACAUAGCUAGUCAGCUUAGUAAGUAGUACAUAUAGUGACGUUGGUCCCUGGAAAGAUGACUGAUGAUAUCAAGUUUGAAAUUAAAGGAGAACGUUGGAAAUGAAGUUUUAAUUGUUUUUUUUGGUUGCCUCUAAGAGCAUCUCCAAAAAGGAACUCUAUUUUGAAGUUUCCAAAACUUUAUAUUUGAAGUUUCAAUGUGUUCUUCUCCAAAAGUAAAACUUCAAACCUAACUUCAAAAUUAUUUAUCUUUUACACUAUGAUCCUUAUAUUUGUCAUAGUUGAUGUAAAUUCAUAAAACUUCUAUAAAUAACU